UUUAUAUACCGUAGGGGUUUUACUAGGGUUUAUCGUCUCUUCCAAAACCUGGACCUCUCCAACGAAAAUGACUUUGAAAAUCACCCCCGAAGUUUCUCCCACGUGAUUCCGUAUUCUAGGGUUUCGAGUCAAACCGAAGGAGAUAAAGUUCGAUCGAGGGAAGACCGCUUCAGAAAAUGGAAGCCCGGGCCUGCGUCUCCAGCGGAGAGGCGGUUGAUGGCGGCGGCACGAGCAAGUUCUUGCAGCCGCACCACCGCCAGCACCACCCGAAGAAGCCGUCUGCUCAGAUAGGCACGGUGCCGCAGCUCCUCGCCGGCGGCAUUGCCGGCGCUUUUAGCAAGACCUGUACGGCUCCCCUUGCUCGCCUCACCAUUCUCUUCCAGGUGCAAGGCAUGCAAUCGGAAGCUGCAGCAUUGAGCAAUCCUAGCAUAUGGCGCGAGGCUUUGCGUAUUGUUAAUGAAGAAGGCUUUAGAGCAUUUUGGAAAGGAAACUUAGUUACAAUUGUUCAUCGUCUUCCUUAUUCUGCUGUCAACUUCUAUGCUUAUGAGCGCUACAAAAGUUUUCUGAAAUCAGUUCCCGGAUUGGAAAGUCAUAGGGGUAGUACUAGUGCAGAUGUUUUUGCGCACUUCGUUGGUGGUGGGUUAGCAGGAAUAACAGCUGCCUCUGCCACUUAUCCAUUGGAUCUUGUCAGAACACGCCUUGCAGCACAGACAAAUACAACUUAUUAUCGAGGAAUAUGGCACACGAUUCAUACUAUUUGCAGAGAUGAAGGUUAUUGGGGCCUGUAUAAAGGUCUCGGGGCGACAUUGCUGGGGGUUGGACCCAGUAUAGCAAUAAGCUUUUCUGUCUACGAGUCAUCGAGGUCUUAUUGGCAUUCUCAAAGCAUCUUGACAUUAGGCCUGAAGAUACUACUGCCAUGGUUAGCCUUGCUUGUGGUAGUCUUUCUGGCAUUGCAUCAUCAACAGCGACAUUCCCUUUGGAUCUUGUCAGGCGAAGAAUGCAGUUGGAAGGUGCUGCUGGGCAAGCCCGUGUGUAUAAAACUGGACUUUUUGGUACAUUUAAGCAUAUAUUCCGCACUGAAGGCCUGCGUGGCUUGUACAGAGGAAUUUUGCCCGAAUACUACAAGGUUGUUCCCGGUGUAGGAAUCGCUUUCAUGACCUAUGAAACUCUGAAGAAACUUCUAUCACAUGAGCCCACAUUUUCACCAUGAUUUUUGCAUCAGGGUUUUGUUGGUCAUUCUGUCUUCAGAUAUCAAGGAGUAGGUUAGAAUCACUUGGUCUAAGGAGUAUGUAGAAUAGUGUUUCGGCGGUGACGUACAUCCUGAGAAGUGGCAUGGUGGUAAAUUUUGUGGUAGCUUCCAUUAAAUCAUAAUUAUUAUUGUAUAGGUUUAAAUUAGAUGGUUUUGAGAAUCAAAUCAAGAGUAUCAACAUCCAAUACGCAUUAGAAUUAGGUUUUUUUUGGAACAUUUUAUAUUUCAUUGAUAUAUGAUUGUAUCCUUGUAGAAGAAUUGUUGUUGCAGCCCGUAUAAUUCCUUCCUUCCUCUAUUCAGAAU